AUGAAAGCAAUGAUUGAUACAGGUGCCAACCGAACUUUUAUUUCAUUACAAGCUUUAUCUUCUUCAUAUAGCAAACAAUUUAUUAAUGCAAAACAAAAAACUGCAUCUUUGGCUGAUGGACACACAUCAAUUUCUAUUUUAGGUACUUUAGAUUUACAUAUUGUUAUAGGUGAUAUGUCUACUUCGAUUAAAGGAUAUGUGGUGAAAGACUUAUGUGCUGAAUGUAUAUUAGGAAUGGAUUUUAUUAGUAAAUAUAAAUUUAUAAUCAAUGCUGAUGAACGCGUAAUAUCAAUAUGUGAUCAUGAAAAACGUAUAACAUUAGAAUAUGAUGUUAAUCAAGAUGAAAUUUGUUAUCCAGCACGAACCAUUCGUUAUACUUACAUUCCACCACAAGGGACAGUUUCAAUCCCAGUCAACAUCGGAAUAUCAUCAGCAAAGGUUUCAUUUCGUCCAUCUUAUCAAUUAGCACAACAGUCAUCGAUGAUUUUAUUAAACAAUACAUUAACUGUUAAUCAACAGAAAUCCCAUAUUUCAAUCUACAAUCCAACAUCAUAUUUUUAUACAUUACCAAAAGGUGUGAUACUAGGUACAACAACUGUUCCUACAUUAUCUUUUAGCAAGUGUACAUCUAUUAAUCGUGAAUUAGUUGAUGAUUAUAUUAACAAAUUAACCCGACAUAUUGCAGAUUUAAAACAAGGAGAAGAAAUCAAGGCUAUUUUACAUCAACAUGAAAAAUUGUUUGAUACAAGUAAACCAGCAGUAGCUAUUAAUGUGAAACCACAUGAAAUUAAAACACUAGACCAUCCUCCGCCAUCAUCUAGACCAUAUCGUUCAACGCCUGACAAAGAAGAAGAAAUGUACAAGAUUGUUCAAGAUUUAUUGCAUAAUGGUUUAAUUCGAAAAUCUUAUUCUCCAUAUGCAGCACCAGCAUUAUUAGUUGCAAAACAUGAUGGAUCAUGGCGAAUGGUAGUAGAUUUUAAGAAAUUGAACAAUUUAACAAUUAAAGAUAAUCAUCCUUUACCUAAUAUGGAACAAACAAUAAGAAGAUUAGAUGGUGGUUACAAAUUCUUUUCAAAAUUAGAUAUGAAAAGUGGAUUUUGGCAAAUACCAAUUAAAGAAGGAGAUAGACAUAAGACAGCAUUUGUUACUGUUGAUGGUCUAUAUGAAUGGAAUGUAUUAGCUCAAGGAUUGAAGAAUAGUCCACCAUCAUUUCAACGAGUAAUGGCCGAUAUAUUAGCUCCUUGUCGACAAUUUUCAUUAGUUUAUAUUGAUGAUAUUGUGGUGUUCUCCCGUUCAUUUGAAGAACACUUGGAUCAUAUACGACAAUUAUUAUCUAUUUUAUCCAAAUAUAAUUUUCAACUUAAUCCACCAAAAUGUAAAUUAUUCCAUCAAAAAAUUGAUUAUCUAUCACAUAUUAUAUCAGAAGAAGGUUUUCAACCAAAUAAUGAUAGAAUACAAUCAAUUAUGAAUUUAAGGGAACCUUCUACAUUAGUGGAAGCAAAUAAGUUCCUGGGCGGUUUAUCAUGGUACAGAAAAUUUGUUCCUCGAUUUGCAUCAAUAGCUGCACCAAUACACAAGGUGACAAAUUUAACUAAACAGAAUCGAAAAAAUUUUAAAUGGGAACAACCACAACAUGAAGCAUUUUUACAAUUAAAACAAUUUUUAGUAACAACUCCAUUAUUUCUUGAUUAUCCAAAUGAUAAUUAUCCAGUUAUCUUGACAACAGAUGCAUCCAAAAUAGGUAUCGGUGGUACCUUACAACAAAAUAUUAAUGGUGAAAUUAAAAAUCUUUAUUAUCAUUCUCAAGUAACAUCUUCCACUCAAAAAAGAUAUGAUCCCAUUGAAUUAGAAGCAUUAGCAAUAUGGAUGUGCUUUCAACGUAUGCGGCCUUAUUUAUUAAAAAGAUCAGUUAUCAUCUAUACUGAUCAUUGUCCAUUAUGUAAUAUGAUGAAUUCAACAGUAAAAAAUCGAAGAGUUGAUCGUAUAUCAAUAUUAUUACAAGAAUAUGACAUCGAAAAAAUCAUCCAUAUUAAAGGUCAACAUAAUUGUUUAGCUGAUUAUUUAUCUCGUCAUCCAAUUCCAAGAGAAGAAGAAAUAUUCGAUGAAGAUUAUGGUAUUGCUAAGCAAGAUAAAGGGGAACCGACUGUUAUGGAAUGUGUUCCUGAUGAAACUCCUCCAUUAGCGGGAGCUAUAACAAGAUCCAAAACAAAAAAAUUACGAUUAGAACAAGAUAAAAAUUCGACAACAAUUACACCAUCUCAAAAGAAUGUAACACCAUCAUCAGCUGUAGAUGAAGAAGAAGAUGAUCAAGGAAAAGAUUCUGCAUCUCAAGAUAUUCAGAAAUAUAGAUUUGAUAUGGAACAAUUAAAAGGUGAACAAGAAAAAGAUCCAGUUAUUCAACAGAAAAUUAUAGAAGUCAAGAAAAAUCCAGUUAAAUGUUCAUAUGAAUUAAAAGAUGGUUUACUAUAUAAAUUAUUAAUGAUGCGUGUUAAUUGUAAUACAAAGAAAAAAAUUAUAUGUUUACCAUCAUCUAUGAUUAACAAUCUUUUACAAGUUUAUCAUAGUGAUCCACUGAGUGGUCAUUUUGGUGUUCAACGAACAUAUUUGAAGAUCAAGAAUAUAUUUUGGUGGCCAGAUAUGAAGCAAUCCAUUACACGAUAUAUACAAUCGUGUUUACCUUGUCAACAAUAUAAUAUCACUCGUACGAAAAAACCUGGUAGAUUACAACCAAUUCCUCCACCUGAAGGACCAUUUCAAUUAAUUGGUAUGGAUUAUUGUGGUCCAUUGAAGCAAACACCUAGCGGGAAUCAAUAUGUAUUAUGCAUUACAGAUUAUUUUACAAGAUGGAUAGUAGCUGUUGCUGUACCUGAUUGCUCAGCACAAACAACUGCUGAAGCAUUUUUCAAGGAAUACAUUUGCAAGUAUGGGGUACCGGCAGUCGUACUAUCUGAUCAAGGUACACACUUCCACAAUCAGUUAAUGGAAGCAAUGUCAAAAUUAGUUGGAUAUGACCACACAUAUUCAACCACUUAUCAUCCACAAUCAAAUGGAAUGAUCGAAAGAUUUAAUGCUACAUUCAUUCCACAAAUUGCCAAGCUUCAAGAUAGAGAAAACAAUAAUUGGGAUGAAUUUUUAGCACCAGUAGUAUUUGCAUAUAAUACCGGAUGCCAUUCAACAACUCAAUAUUCUCCAUUUCAAUUAUUAUUUGGACGAGAACCAAGAUUACCCACUGAAGCACCAUUAUCAACAUUUACAUUUCGGAAACCAAACGAUUAUUAUGAACAAUUGAAGAAAAGUAUGAAGUUGAUACACCGAAAUGCACAUGGAAAUAUUACAAAUAAACAACAUCAAUAUAAAACUCGUUAUGAUAAACAACGUGCUGAUCCUCAUUAUUCAAUAAAUGAUCGAGUUUUGAUUAGAAAACAUGGAUUAAAAAACAAAUUAGAACCAAAAUAUUCAAUUACACCACAAAUUAUUAUUCAAGUAAAACAUCCAGUUUAUGUUGUUAAAGAUGAAACAACUCAAUGUGAGACACAAGUACACAUAAAUGAUAUUAAACCCAUUUAUGUUUCAAAAUCAAAUUAA